CAUGACUAACACACGGCAGCCAAUGGGAAAAGAGGGAGGACAUCAAAAGAGGGUACAAGAGGCAAAGGAUGGUAGCUUUUUUUCUCUCUGCGUUUGAGGAGGCUGUCCCUAAAUUGUUGGAACUUAAGAGGAUCAGAAGAGGUUUCGGAGUGCGUGUCUGGGGCUCUGGCUCGGGCUCAGCCAGAGUCAUCAUGCGUGGAGCGGAGUGCGUGUCUGGGGCUCUGGGUGCUCCUUUUGCUUGGUGCAGGCAUGGAGGAGGUUGUGGAGGGAUGUAGCUGCCACCCAGCACACCCACAGCAUCUAUUCUGCAGCGCUGAGAUCGUGAUAAGGGCAAAGAUCUCCGGAGAGAAGAUUGUGUCGCCUAGCAACAGCUCCUCACCUUACAUGAAGAUGAUCCAAUACGAAAUCAAAAUGAUCAAGAUGUUCAAAGGUUUUGACAAGGCCAAGGACAUCCAGUAUGUGUACACUCCAGUCUUCUCCUCACUGUGUGGAGUCAAACUGGACUCCAACAAUAAAGCAGGGUAUUUGCUCUCAGGAAGUAUGUGGAGUGAUGGGAGAAUUUCUAUUGGCCAGUGCGACCUAGUGGAGUCCUGGGACAACUUAUCACUGUCACAGAAGAAGAAUCUCAACUACAGAUACCAGAUGGGCUGUGAAUGCAGAAUCAACACCUGCUACACAGUCCCAUGUGCGUCUACAGGAGAAAACGAGUGCUUGUGGACCGACUGGUUGCUGGAUAACAGCCUAAAUGGGGAGCAGGCUCGGCAGUACGCCUGUAUCCGCCGUUCUGACACAACCUGUAGCUGGUACCGGGGGGGGCCGCCACCUGAGAAAGACUUCCUGGACAUGGCUGACCCUUGA